UGUUAUUUUGCCUCACCACCAUUCCUAUAAAGGUUUAUUGUUCACUCUUCUUUUUUUUUUUCUUACCAAUUUCUUUCGUCCUGCAUGUUAACACAAACAAAACCAAACCGAGAAGACACUCUUCUGAAAUUAGAUAAAUCAAUUAUGAACUCCCAAACACUCAUCAAAUUCUCAAAAUCUACUUCAUAUCUGGUCAUAUUCGUCCUCUUCCCACUAUUGCACCGUCUUCCUUGCACUUCAAGUAAGCAAGAACUUGGGGCGUGUGAAUCUCCGUUUCAGUGUGGGGAAAUCUCAGCUGGUUUCCCCUUUUGGGGUGGAAAUCGUCCUGAAAACUGUGGUCUUCCACAGCUGGAGCUUCACUGCCGCAAUAAAAGCAGCACAUAUUUAAUCAUCUCAGACCAAGAGUACUCUGUUCUCAAAGUAAGUCGAACAAAUUACACCAUAACACUUGCCAGACCAGACCUGCUAGGGCGUAUUUGUUCUGCUAAAUUCAAUACCACAGCCUUGCCUUCCGAUAUUUUUGAGAUUUUGCCAGCCUACAAGGAGCUCGAAGUAUAUUACCUAUGUGAUCGUCGAUAUUUUAGCAAGCAGAAUUAUACAUGUCCUUCUGAUAAGGGUCUUGUGUUAGUGUUUGAAGAACAGCAUGGUGAGUUACACUGCAAUAAUAGUUUCACUGUGAUCGUUCGAAAGAGUUUCGUUCCUCUCGAAGAGGAUGAAUUUGAUUCGUACGAAUUAGAACGUGUUAUAAGGAACGGGUUCGAGGUGAAAGUGAAGAUUGAUGAGACAACUUGUGAAGAAUGUUCGUCUUCUGGUGGAAUAUGCAGCUUCAAUGGUACAGCUCAGGUUUGCUGCAAGACAAACUCAUCACCCUCAGGAGUCAGCUGCGAACCAAAGCGUCAACGUAGUGCUGAUGAGAUUUACAGACUCUGCAGUACACCGUUUUUCUGUGGCAACCAGGGCGGUCUCUUGUACCCUUUCUGGAUUCCUGGCAGAGAAGAAUGUGGCCACCCUGACUUCAAGCUCAACUGUAACGGAGGCUUCGCGGAGCUUGACAUUUCCUCCGUAAGUUUUAGAAUCUUAGAGGCGAACUACGACGCUAGUAUCAUAAGACUUGCCAGAUCGGAUUAUAUAGGCAGUCUUUGUCCCCUAUAUCCUUUCGAUACGCCAUUCAUUCUUCCAUUUGCUUCUAACACCGAGCUGCUAACAAUUUAUUCACACUGCAUUGUAGUUUGCAGUACAAGUUGCAAUUCAAAUUAUACUUCCAUUUAUGUCGGAAAAAUUGAUUGUGAGGAUGGCGAAGGUUACUAUGUAACGAGAAACCUUUCGUCCCCUCUACUUCAAGGGAUUAGAGACCAUUUAUACGACUUCAGACUAGGUUGCAGUCAAAACGUCAGCAUUCCCGCAUCUGGACCCUCGCUGAACAGACUGCAAAACAACAAGACGAUAGAUAAUCUAAAGAAUGCUCUUGAACAGGGCUUCGAGCUUCGGCUUGACCAAGAAUGUUCGAGGUGCACAGAAUCUGGGGGUGUAUGUGGAUACAAUCAGAUCACAAGAAGGUUCGUCUGCUAUUGUGGUCAUGGGCAGUGUAACCAUACUGGCGAUUCAAGAAACAAGGGUAAGAUCUCCGGCCCAAAACCAUUAUUUCAAAGUUUGGGAGCAGGUGUGAUUCUGUUUACGUUUCUUGUCUUAGCAUUGGGUCUCCGAAUUAUCCGAAAGAGAAAGAGAAAACCAUCACAUGAUCUACGUCAAUGGAAUCUCAAGACUCUUAAUCCACAAGAGAACCUCAAGGGGCUUAUUCCACUGAAGCAGUAUAGUUUCGCAGAAGUGAAGAGAAUAACAAAAUCAUUCGCCGAAAUGGUUGGGAAAGGAGGAUUUGGAACUGUCUAUAGAGGCACCCUUUCUGAUGGACGUAUCGUUGCAGUGAAGAUUCUAAAAGACUCGAAGAGUAAUGGGGAAGACUUCAUCAACGAAGUUGCGAGCAUCAGCCAAACUUCUCAUGUCAACAUUGUUACCCUAUUAGGAUUUUGCUCCGAAGGUUCCAAGAGAGCAAUUAUUUAUGAAUUCUUGGAAAAUGGGUCUCUUGAUAAGUUCAUCUCAAGCAAGAGGUCGUCAAAUAUGGACUGGAAGGUGCUAUAUGAGAUCGCGUUAGGUGUUGCUCGCGGUUUGGAGUACUUGCACCAUGGAUGCAGAACAAGGAUUGUACAUUUCGACAUAAAACCGCAGAAUGUACUCUUAGAUGACAAUCUUUGCCCCAAAGUAUCAGACUUUGGCCUUGCCAAGCUCUGUGAGAGGAAGGAAAGCAUGUUGUCGCUGCUAGACACAAGAGGAACGAUAGGAUACAUUGCACCCGAAGUGUUUUCAAGAGUGUAUGGUCGCGUCUCACACAAGUCAGAUGUGUAUAGCUAUGGAAUGUUGGUUCUUGAGAUGAUAGGAGCAAGGAACAAAGACAGAGAUGCUCAAGAAGUUGGUUCUAGCACAAGUUCAAUGUACUUUCCUGAAUGGAUAUAUAGGGAUCUUGAGAAAGGAGACAAUGGAAGGCUUCUUGAAAAUGGUAUCAACAGCGAAGAAGAAGAAGAGAUAGCAAAGAAGAUGACGAUGGUUGGUUUGUGGUGUAUUCAGGCUUGGCCAUCAAAUCGGCCACCGAUGAAUAGAGUAAUAGAGAUGAUGGAAGGAGAUUUGAAUGCUCUUGAAUUCCCUCCUAAGCCUGCAGGUUUGCAAAUUCCAGAAGUGCCUCUUCCAGACUCUUCUACGCUCUCAGAUGACAUUUCGAUUUCCAAAGAGUAUGAUCCAUGAAUGCUACUGAUCCAUGAAUAAAGCAUAAAGAAAUAAAUGUUGGUAGAAGAGUGUUAUUUAUUCAUGAUUGACACAUUAUGACUGCAAACUUUUUUUCUUUCUGUAAUUUUUCAUGCAUAUUACUUUUCGUCCGACUUCUCCAGCCUAUGUCUAGAUUGUUUCUAGAAGUCCUCCGAGUUAACCCAUUUCAAAAAUAUCAGCAAUCUUGAUUUAUGGCGUCUUGCUCAGCUUGUUUCUUGCAACAAAUUUCUUCAGAUGUCUGAUGAAAUAUGGAUCCAGUUCAAGGUCAUAGUGUCCACCUCCACUUAUCCACAGAGUUUCAUAAUUCUCUUUGUUUAGUUAUGAGAAAAAAUCAACUAUGCAGUUCCCUACCAACAAUAUAGUUCCAUGACUUGAAUUCAGAAAUUUUGAGGUAAAUUUCAAAAUGUCUGAAAAUGCAAAAUACUGUCCUGAAAUUUCUAGUGAGAGGAGCUCUUACCACAACCAUUCAGAAAAAGCAACAAAGGAGAGAAAAAUCAAAUGAUAAUAAACCUUGACCAAUCGCCUGACUCAUCCCUGCCCACCGUAAUUCAAUCUAAUAAAUUACUAUUCUUUUGGUAAAUCAAAUUAUGAAUUAUUCAUAUCUAAUUUAUCAUUUAAAAACUCUAAUUUUAGUCAAAAGCACAUAAAUAGUUUAAGAUAAAUCUUAACAUAUUAUCUUAAUUAGUGGUACACAAGGCUAACUAUUCAGAUUGUUUCCAACCAAUAUAUACUAUAACUAGUUUUACCUAUAGAUCUUACCCAACCACGAAUCAAUGGAACAAAGAACAAUCACCUCUAAGCUUCUGUUUCUGUGAAAGUUAUAAUGUACAAGU